UAGAGAAAGAGACUGAGAGACGGGAUGUUUUGCUUCAAGGCUGCUUAAUCGGCCGCCCGAGCACAGGGAUUACGAGUGUGUGUUAUGGGGAACAGCCUGACCCCUCAGACUUGUGGAAACUGUGAGUAAAUUUUAGUUGGAGGAGUGGACUCGGGAUUGAGAGAUGCCCGCGCAUUCUCUCCAGAAAUUUACCCUAUGGAAGGGAGGGGCCAGGACAGGACACAAGUGAACCCACUUCCUACUAACAGCCAAGUCUUAUUCAGUCUUCUUUCAUUCUCAAGGUUCCUGGACCAGAAAAGUACGAAAGGAGGUAAACGAGGAAGGAGAUGGGUGGAGAUAACCUUGAGUGGUCUUAACAGAAAGAGAAGGAAGAUGAAAGGUUUCUAGAAGUGGGAACCAACAAAUAGUGGCUAGGAGCAGUCUGGAAUAGACAUCAAAGACUUAGUACCAGCCUGGCAUCAUCAAACAAUGGGAAGCAAGAAACAGCCUGCCCAGCCCCUCCAGAGACCAAUCACUUGUGAGGAUGUAGCAGUGUAUUUCACCAACGAAGAAUGGGCGUGUCUGACUGAGAAACAGAAGAUCCUUUACCGGAAAGUGCAGUCAGAAACCUUUAAGAACCUGGCAUUUGUAGAUCAGUACACCAUGCAAAAAGAAAAAAGACAGAAGAGAUCAGGUCUCUGUCCCCCAAAGGCAACAGGAAACAAGAAGAGGAAAUCUCAGGAACCUAGCUCAAAUCUGGAAGAUGAAGAGAACAAUGAUAAAGAGAAGGGCUCUCUUGCUUGUACAGGGAUGUUCAAAGGUGGACCACUCUAUUUCUGCCUGACCUGUGGCAGAUGUUACAAAAAGUACAUCAACCUCUUUAAUCACCAGUUUAAGGCCCAGAAGACUACUAGCCACAAAGCCGUGGGCUCCAAGCCUCAGCAUCGUAAAGAGAGGACUUUCUCUUGCCAGCUCUGUAACAAGAUCUACCGUGAUCCUUCUGGACUGAGCCGGCACCGACGCACUCAUUUAGGUUAUAGGCCCAGUUCAUGCUCUGUGUGUGGAAAACGCUUCCGGGAUCAGUCUGAGGUCAAACGCCACAUGAAGGUACACGAAAACAGGAAGCCAGUGACUGGCAACCAGGAGCAUGAGGUGAAGAAGGUUCCACUUAAAACAGCUGGAUCCCAGGGUCCCAACGUCAGGCAUGUGAAAGUGAUCCAAAGACCAGUGGCCAGGGCUAAGGCAAGCUGCAGCAGAGACUCAUCUCUGAAUGUCAGAUCCAGCUCUAUUCCAGUAAAAUGCUCAAGAAAAAACAUCCGUUGCCCCUAUUGUUUGAUACAUUUUACCAAGAGGACUUGCUUCUUAACCCACCUCAAAGUCCACUUCACAAAUGAGCCCGACCAAUACCUCGGUGGCAGAGAGUCCUCCCACUCAUCCGCGGUGGUAGGUUCCCAAAAGAACACCCACAGGAAGCAGGAUAUCUACUGUUGCCCUGUCUGUGAUGUCUGCUUUAGGGAAAAGGAAAGCCUGCUGGAUCACAUGUGCUGUAAAGAAUCAGGUAGAUCCAUUAAGUGCUGGGAAAUCCUGGGUCAUUUGCUUGCUUUUCUUGAUCCCUUUGAAGCCAGGAAAUAUUUCAAAAGUAAAGGAGUCCUCAAGGGAAGAAAAGAAGAAAAAAUGAAAUCCAAGAAGACAAGAUGAAACAUGCCUGCAGUGAGAAUUCCUGAAUCAUAAGUAAAGGACAAGUCAAGGCUGUGGUUUGUUGACAAGGUACAGGCAGCAUUUCAUGACCCUGGAGUUCUUCAAAGCAUGGUCCCAGUCAAACUCAAGUCAAAGAACAUUCUUAAUAUGCUGCCCUAGUGCUCAAGUGUCAAGGCUAUCAAAACCAAGGAAAGUCAGAGAAAUGGAGACAGCCUUAAGGAUCAAUUGAGACUGAAUGUGUGGUGCCUUAUUAUAGCAUCUUAGAAAAGACAAAGGACAAUGGUGAUAACUAGAGUGUAAAUGAAAUAGGUAUAGAUGAAUGUGUCAAUAUUGUUUCAUGAAUUAUAAAUGUACGGUGAU